UGACUGCGCCUCCCGCCUGGCUCGCCUGGGAUCCCGAGAUGCCAGGAGGCUGCGGCGAUGGCGAUGGCGAUGUUGCCUCCAGUACGGCAACAUACAGGCCGCCCGGCGCAGAUGGGGUCGCUGCUGCGACAUGGAAGAGGAAGAGCGGCGCUGCAGCCAGCUGGCAGGCUUAUCUUUGGCCCUCUUUCAGCAUGUCUGUGAGCUGAGGCCCUGACUCUUCUGCUGAUUUUUUAUUUUAUUUUAUUUUAUUUUGAGAAUAAGAGGAAAAAACACCUCUCUGAAGAUGAACUCCAGUGGCCCACUUCAGAAUGCUCCCAACACCACCUUCCUAUACAUGCCUCCCUUGCAGAGCGGAAACGCCACUUCUCUCCAGGAGGAUCUUCGAGAUUUUAUCCACACAGCAACCUUGGUGACCUGCACUUUUCUGCUUGCCGUCAUCUUCUGUCUAGGCUCCUACGGAAACUUUAUUGUCUUCCUGUCUUUCUUUGACCCGGCCUUCCGGAAGUUCAGAACCAACUUUGAUUUCAUGAUCCUGAACCUGUCUUUCUGUGAUCUCUUCAUCUGUGGGGUGACAGCUCCCAUGUUCACCUUUGUGCUGUUCUUCAGCUCAGCCAGCGGCAUCCCAGAUCCUUUCUGCUUCGCCUUCCACCUUACCAGCUCAGGCUUCAUCAUCAUGUCCCUCAAGAUGGUGGCUGUGAUUGCUCUGCACCGGCUCCGGAUGGUGCUAGGGAAGCAGCCUAAUUGUACAGCCUCCUUUUCCUGCAUCUUUCUCCUUACCCUGCUUCUCUGGACCACCAGUUUUACCCUUGCCACCUUGGCCACACUGAGAACCAGUAAGUCUCACCUGUGUCUCCCCAUGUCCAGUCUUAUGGAUGGGGAAGGGAAAGCCAUUCUGUGUCUGUAUGUUGUUGACUUUACCUUCUGUGUUGCUGUGGUGUCUGUCUCUUACACCAUGAUUGCUCAGACCCUUUGGAAGAAUGCUCAAGUCAAAAAGUGCCCCCCUGUGAUCACAGUUGAUGCUUCCAGACCACAGCCAUUCAUCGGGGCCUCUGUGAAGGGAGGUGGAGAUCCCAUCCAGUGCACCAUGCCAGCUCUGUACAGAAACCAGACUUAUAACAAACUGCAGCACAGUCAAACUCCUAGAUACACUAAGAAUCCCAGCCAGAUGCCAAUCCCCUCAGCCAGUCGACUCCAGCUGGUGUCAGCCGUCAACCUUUCUACUGCCAAGGAUUCCAAGGCGGUGGUCACCUGUGUGAUCAUUGUGCUGUCAGUCCUGGUGUGCUGUCUUCCUCUGGGGAUUUCCCUAAUGCAGGUGGUCCUGUCUGACACUGGGAGCUUCAUCCUUUAUCAGUUUGAAUUGUUUGGAUUUACUCUGAUCUUUUUCAAGUCAGGAUUAAAUCCUUUUAUCUAUUCUCGGAACAGUGCUGGGCUGAGGAGGAAGGUGCUCUGCUGCCUCCAGUAUGUUGGCCUGGGCUUUCCGUGCUGCAGACAGAAAACGCGACUUCGAGCCAUGGGAAAAGGGAGCCUUGAAAUCAAUAGAAACAAAUCUUCCCAUCAUGAAACAAACUCUGCCUACAUGCUGUCUCCAAAACCACAGAAAAAAUUUGUGGACCAGGCUUGUGGCCCAAGCCAUUCAAAGGAAAGUGUAGCAAGUCCCAAAAUCUCUGCUGGACAUCAACACUGCGGUCAGAGCAGUUCCACACCCAUCAACACUCGGAUUGAACCUUACUAUAGCAUCUAUAACAGCAGCCCCUCCCAGGAAGAGGCCAGCCCAGGAAGGCUACAGCCAGCAAACUCUUUUGGAUUUGCCAGUUCGUACAUUGCCAUGCACUAUUACACCACUAAUGAUCUCAUGCAGGAGUAUGACAGCACAUCAGCAAAGCAGAUCCCCGUCCCCUCUGUUUAAAGGGACAAGGCCAGGGAGCCUGGAAGGAGCGAUUCGCUUUCCUCUGAAAGACUCUGAAGUCAGUGGGAAAGCGUGAGGAGUCGACUGAACAGUUGACCGUUAGACUUUCUUUUGUCUGAAAUAUUAGUAUCCAGAUUUGCUUCAUGGUUUCUUGACAUUUGAAGAUUUGAUGUAAACGCUUAUCAAUUUUUGCUCUGAUGGGUGUCUCAAUCUUUGUACUAACCUGCUAAGAAGAUGCCAGGAAUGACCCUGCUGAUGAAAGCCCUUCAAGUCAGUGUUAUGGAUUUUUAGAUAUGGGUCUUUGGCUAUAUUUUUUAAAAAGGUGUUUGAAAAAAAAAAAGACCUUUCCGAAGUGUUAUUUUUAUAAAAAUAUGAAAUUUGAGUGUUUGAAGUACUGAAAUAGAAAAGAGCGUACUUUUAUGGUGGUAAGUUGAUUUAAAUAAAAAAAACUUACUGUUAAAGCAGAAAAUAGAAAUGUGUUACCUGUACCUCGUCCUUAUUUACAAUUUUCAUACAGUGUUAGUUACUCCCCUUUAUAAGACAGUUACCUAAUAAUACGGAGUUAUGAUUCUUGUCACUUCAUACUGUACAUUUUUGUUUCGCGUUGAGUAGAUAGCUUUAGGAAGCGUUUUUGGCAGUUACCAGUUAAUGGCUGUUUCCCAAGAAUCCUACAGGAGAGGAGGACUGUACCCCAGUAGCGGCGUUGUUCUGAGCGAGCAGGCGUGGUGUCAGCCUCAGGAAUCCGCAGAGGCCAGUGCACAUUUUGAUCGGGCAUCCAACACCAGCUCUCCUAGCCCUCAGUGCAUACUCUAGCUAGCAUCAUGCAUCCAACACUAGCUACGUAGAGAUGCAAUUGGGAGGUGCGAUGUGGGCUUCCCUUCUGUAUGAGGACAGUGUUCACAGAGAAAUUCAGAAAUACCCUUUUUAUAUAAAUAUUGCUAUGUAAAAAAGUUCUCGAUAUGAUCUAUUGGUAUUUUCAGAUUGAGGUUUUUACGUUUUGGCGCUUUUUUUCUCCUUCCUUUCUAGGGGCCUGGAGGUUGAACCUAGGCUCAUGCAUGUUAGACAACCAGUUCACCACUGAACUGCAUCCCCAGUCCCCAAACUAAUGGUUCUUAUCCUCUCAUUAACCUUAAACAGGAAACGUGCAACUGUAUUAUUCUUAUAUCUGAACCUAAUUUUAUUAGGUAUGCUGAUUCCUAAUGUUAAAAUAUUUUGGUCAUGGAGUUAGGAUUUGAACUCACUGAAAUUUUGGAACACCAUUAGACUCAAAAUAGAUUAUCUUUACAAACUGUUGUAUCCUACUAUUAUCCACAGAGCUCAGAAGGAGCAAGGAACAGAAGGCACUCAGCUCAGAGGAGCCUCUCCCAGGCUUUUCCAAAUCUUAAAUCACAGGAGAUGCUGAGAGAUAGAGUAGCUCCUUAGCCAGACCUGGCCUGCCUGGCCUCAUGUAGCCACUAUACAUUCCAGUGCAGUCUAGUGAGGGCUGUUUCAGAUAUUUAAGUGUGAGGACAAGAUUUUCAAAUUCACUGUCUAGAACUGGCCUGUCAGCUUCUCUCCUUCUCUUCUCCCUUUUUUCUUUCCUUUUCUUUUAUUCUUGCUACUAAGUUUUAUAGCAUAUCCACUCUCCUUUAUUUUGAUAGCUGGACACUCUUUUUGGAAGUCACUCUUACCUAUUUCAACUGUGUUUUUAUAGAUUCAACAUAAUAUGGUUCUCAUUAAUACUCCCAUGAGACAGAUUCAGUACAGAGCUCUUUUUAACAAAGAACUAAGACAUCUGAUCUCCUCUCCCAAAAUCAUUUGAAGAAUUUUGGCAAAUUACCAUUAAACUUUUGUCUUAAUUGAAAACCUGUUAUUUAGUCCAGUCAACAACAACAUCAUUCACACAUUUAAAGGUCUGUGUCUCAGGCUGGGAGAUAGCUAGGAGGUUAAGAGUGACAUGAUACACAGACACAUUGCAGGCAAAGCACCCAUACACAUAAAGUAAAAUUGAAUCUUUAGAAUAUUUGAAAGUUUACUUUCACAAAAAGGUAUACAUCUCUUUGAGGGAUCAGGCAUUUAAAAUGUGGCUUGACAAAGAUUAUAGCAAAAUUACUACUUGUAAAUUUUUAAAUGUUAGCUUUCCUUGUAUGACCUUUGAGUUUGAAAUUAUUUGACUAGCAUGGGGCCCAUGAGAAAUAAAAAUUAUAGCAUAAGAAGACAAAGCGUGUACAUAGAAAGUGUUCAGUUUCUUCAUGUUCAUCAAAGAAAUUAUUGAGUUAAUUUGCAUGAAAUAUAUGGUGGGCUGGAUUCUUGGCUCUCCUCCUAUCUAUGGAGAGAUGUAACUUGUUUCCUCAUAAGCUAUGUAUGUCUGUCUAUAGUAGCAAAGUCGCCAUAUUGAUGUAGACAGACAUAUAUAACUUAUAUCUUCAUAAGGGCUAAAAAUUAUAACUCAAAAUAAUGAGAAUUCAGUUGAAUAUGAUUAUUUGCAGGUACAUUAGUUUUUUUCUCUUGAUGCUUACUGUGUGCAAAGUAUGUGUCUCAAACAUUUUGUAAUAAGUGUUCUUAUGUUAACCAUUAGGUCAGAUUUCUAUUUCUGAUGUUUUAAUGUACUUUUAA